AGGGCCACGGGAAGCUGACGGUGUUCUCAGUGAAAGCCAUGCUGGCCACCAUGUGCGGUGGGAAAAUCCUGGACAAGCUCAGAUAUAUUUUCUCUCAGAUAUCAGAUUCCAACGGACUAAUGAUAUUUACCAAGUUUGACCAGUUUCUGAAGGAAGUUCUGAAACUCCCAACAGCCGUGUUUGAGGGGCCUUCCUUUGGGUACACGGAGCACUCCGUACGGACCUGCUUCCCACAGCAGAAGAAGAUCAUGCUAAACAUGUUCUUGGACACGCUGAUGGCUGAUCCUCCUCCCCAGUGCCUUGUGUGGCUCCCUCUCAUGCACAGACUCGCCCAUGUUGAAAAUGUCUUCCACCCCGUGGAGUGCUCGUACUGCCACUGUGAGAGCAUGAUGGGAUUCCGGUACCGGUGCCAGCAGUGCCACAACUACCAGCUCUGCCAGAACUGCUUCUGGAGAGGCCACGCCAGCGGCCCCCACAGCAACCAGCACCAGAUGAAGGAGCACUCCUCCUGGAAAUCCCCGGCGAAGAAGCUGAGCCACGCCAUCAGUAAGUCCCUGGGCUGCGUCCCCAGCAGGGAACCCCCCCGGCCCGUCUUCCCCGAGCAGCCAGAAAAGCCACUCGACCUGGCCCACAUCGUCCCUCCUCGGCCUGUGAGUAACAUGAACGAGCCCGUGGUGACCCACGUGUCCUCCGGAGCGCCCACGCCCACCAAAAGGUCCCAGCCCAGCCCGGACCCCCCCAGCGUGGUGGCCGACGAGCACUCCCUGAUAGCCACCUACGUGAGCCGGCUGCAGCGCGGGGCACGUGUCCUGGACAGCCCAGGGCGGCUGGACGAGGAGCACCGGCUGAUCGCCAGGUACGCCGCGCGACUCGCCGCCGAGGCCGGCAAUGCCCCCCGCCCGCCCACAGACCUGGGCUUCAGCUUUGAUGCCAACAAACAGCAGCGGCAGCUGAUAGCGGAGCUGGAAAACAAAAACAGGGAGAUACUCCAGGAGAUUCAGCGGCUCAGGCUGGAACAUGAACAGGCCUCUCAGCCCACCCCCGAGAAGGCCCAGCAGAACCCGACCUUGCUGGCUGAGCUCAGGCUCUUACGGCAGAGGAAGGAUGAGCUGGAGCAGAGGAUGUCAGCGCUUCAGGAAAGCAGAAGAGAACUGAUGGUGCAGCUGGAAGGGCUGAUGAAGCUGCUCAAAGAAGAAGAGCAAAAGCAGGCAGCGCAGGCGGCGGGCUCGGCUCAGCCCUCGCCCACCCACGGCCGCCCCAUCCCGAUGCCCGUCAGAUCCAGCUCCGCCGGGUCCACCCCCACCCACGGCCCGCAGGACGCGCUCGCUGGAGUCGGGGGGGACGUGCAGGAGGCCUUCACACAAGGUACGAGGAGGAACCUCCGCAAUGACCUGCUGGUGGCGGCCGAUUCCAUCACCAACACCAUGUCCUCGCUGGUGAAGGAGCUUCACUCAGCAGAGGAAGAAGACGAAGAAGAAACAGGGAAGCUGCAGAACGGGAAGGACCGAGGUUAGAAGGGCAGCAGAGGCUGGACAGCAAUUCAGGCACGGAGGUUGCGCUUGCGAUCGAGGGACGUCUGCCAUCCCUGGGAAGGGGCACGUUCCAGCCCAUCCAUCACCAUCGUGCAACUGUGACCGAUCUCCACCACCUGCUGCCAACACAGCUCUCCCAGAGCCACCUGGAGGGCUCUCCCAGAACCACCCGGGGGGCUCUCCCCAAAACACCCGGAGGACUCUCACCUGCCCUUAGGCCAUUGCAUGUUCCCUCGGUGUGUUUCCCAGCGAUGACCACACCAUGUCCCACCCGGCUCAGCGAGUCAUGGGAGGCUUAAAAAAAAACAAAAAAACAAAAAAAAAACCAACCUGAAAGGAA